ACGAUACCAUAGACAAAAUCAUAAAAAUAUGCCACGCGAACACAUAUUUAUAAAAAAAUAUUAAUUUGACAGAAACCAAAUAACGAAACACGUGCGAUUUAAUUUUUACAUCAUCUAAAGUCGAUCAAUUAACGUGAAUACAUGAAGUGAAAUGUAAUAAUUCAUCGAUAAAUCACAUGUCACAAGUGCCAAACAAAAGGGCGAAUCCUGGUAACAUUCCAAAAACAAACUGGUUCGUGUGAUGAUGAACUUGUGAACCGGCGACGCCGUGUCGUUUCAGUGCCACAGAACUUUUUGUUUUCGUUCUUUGUUCGUUUUACUGUUCGCAAAUGAAGUGACCAACGUCCAGUGGUGUGAUUUUUAGUAGUAUUUUGUUAUACGUAGUGUAGUUUUCACAAUAAAAGAACAAUGAUAAAAAACGAAUUGGAGAAUGGCGGCGGCGACGCCACCAGCAAUGUGUCACCGACCAAACUCAUGGUCAAUUACAUACCGGAGCUCAUGACGCGCGACAUGAUGUACGCGCUGUUCUCCGCGAUGGGCAAGAUCGAGAGUUGCAAGCUGAUCGCCAACCGCGGCUACGGGUUCGUCGAGUACGAGAAACACGAGGACGCGGAGAAGGCGCGCGCCGCCUUCAACGGACUGCUCAUGCAGGGCAAGACGCUCAAAGUGUCAUUCGCGCUACUCAACCCCGAGAACAAGGUGAGCCACAAGCCCGAUACCGAGUCCAACCUGUACAUCAGUAACCUGCCGCCCGACAUGACGCUCGAGCGGCUCAACGCGAUCUUCGGCCAGUUCGGCACCAUCACAAACAGCCGCGUCUCGCAGGGCAUCGGGUUCGUGUGCUACGAGAGCCGACAGCAGGCCGAGGAGGCCAUCAAACACAUGAACGGACAAGCGCCGCUGCCCGGCUCCGGCGCCAUCGUGGUCAAGUUCGCCAAUAAACCCAAUGCGAAUAAGAAUGCGCCGCGGCCGACGGCGCGCGUCAGCGUCGGCGUGCCGGCGGCGCCGCUCGCGUACAACGGCGCGGCGGCCGCCGUGUUCAACGGCACCGCGCCCGCCGCCUUCAACGGCACCAACCUGUCCGCGGCGUUCGGCGCGCGGGCCGCGUUCGCGCCGGGCUUCCCGCAGGCCUCGCCGCCGCCGCUGCUGCCCUCGCCGGGCAAGGCGCUGCCGUUCAUCAACAAGGGCCAGCAGCGGUUCAACCCGAUGGCGGCGACGAACCACACGCCGCUGCCGCUGCUGGGCGCGCCGGCGAGCCCGGUGCCGCUGCUGGGCGCUCCGCCCGCGCCGCACCAGACCACCGUCUACGUGUACAACAUCGGCGAGGACACGGAGGAGCUCGCGCUGUGGCAGCUGUUCGGCCCGUACGGCGCCAUCGACUCCAUCAAGGUGAUCAAGGACCCCGAGACGAAGAAGAACAAGGGGUUCGCGUUCGUGAACAUGCGUGAGUACGACGAGGCCGCGAUGGCCAUCCAGGCGCUCAACGGGUACACGCUCAACGGGCAGGUCCUGUCGGUUAGCUUUAAGACGCAGAAGAGGAGCGGCCAGUGAGGGCGGGAGUGCCGAGUGCCGGACGAUACCAUUCCAAUCGAUGAAUAUUUUUGUAGUGGCCGCGCGCCGCGCGGGUGCCGCCCGGCCGCCGGGGCCAGGCGGGCACUCAGAGUAGUGUGAUAAGUAUUUUUGUAAGAUUUGAUAUAGUUUUGUAUUGGCCAGAGCCCCGAGCCCGGAGCGCGACAUGACCGUUGACCGUUGACAGUUGACAGCAGUGAGUUUAGUUGCUUGCCUGAGACCUGAUACACUACUCGUAUAUAUGUGUACUGCGUAGUAUGUACUCGUAUCGUAUCGUAUGAUAUGUUUUAUUAUAUGGACUCUCAAUAUCGACCUGUCGCAGUAUGUAAUAUGUUAUGCCGCCGGUGCGCCCGCGCACCGUCCUAUUUUAUUUUGUGUAAAACAAACUUUCUGUAUGUUUUUUAAUCUUUAAUAAAUUUCAUGUUUAAAUAGAGUUUAUUGUAUAUUUUCUGUA